AUGGCAGCCUCAGCCCCAGCCCCGGCCCCAGCGCCUCCACACGCCAUCGAGGGCUCCUCUCCGAUCGUCGACGACAAGGCGGCCAACGUCAUCGCUUCAUACGAGAUCCCCGAACCCGAGCCGUUCGUCUCCUUCAACGCUCUCAAGGAUCGCAUCAGACACCACUACGAGUUGGCAUCGGACUACUACUACUCACUCUGGGGGGAGCACAUCCACCACGGCUACUUCCUCACGGCAUCCGACACCAAGGAGCGGGCUCAGGUACAGCUGGUUGAGCUGUUGCUCGAGCGCUCCGGCCUCCCGAGAGGCAGCUCCGUCCUCGAUGUCGGCUGCGGCAUAGGAGGAACCUCACGCCACCUGGCCAAGGAGCACGGAUGCCACGUCGUCGGUGUGACCAUCAGCGGCCGCCAAGUCGAGAUCGCUUGCCGAUUGACGUCGGAAGCCAGCGGCACCCAGCCAGACACCGCCGGUGCGGGAUCCGCGACGAAGCUCGGGGAUGGGUCGGUGAAGUUCAUUGAGCUGGAUGCGGAGAAGAUGGGUGCUUUCUUCACGACGGAGCCGAACGUGGGGACCUUCGACUGCGUGUGGAUUUCCGAGGCGAUGAGCCACUUGCCGAACAAGGAGCUGUUCUUUCGGAACGCGGCGCUCUUGCUCAGGGAGGGGGGCCAGCUGGUUGUGGCUGACUGGUUCAAGAGGGAGGAUUUGACGGAGCAGCAGUUCCAGGAUGACAUCGCCCCGAUCGAAGAUGGCAUGCUCCUCCCACCUCUCUGCUCACAAGCCGAGUACGUGCGCCUCGCCAACAGUGCCGGCCUGAAGACCACCGCGGCGCCCUUUGACAUCAGCAAGCAAGUGUCCAAAACCUGGGAUAUCUCGUGGUCGCUGAUCCAGAACCCCGCCCUCUGGGCCUUUGCCGUCGCGCAGGGCCGAGACGGGCUGGCGUUCAUGCAAGCCUUCCACGCCAUGAGGAGGGGCUUCGCCACCGGGACCUUCCGCUACGCCGUGAUGGCUUUCCAGAAGUGA